AGCAGGGCAAUUUAAACAGGUGAAUAAAAUAAUAAAAAAAUAAUAGACCGUUGUAUGGUACAGUCUUUAUAAAGAGUAAAUCCUUUUUUAUUUUAAAUAAAAUUGGUAUGGCUACUUCAAGAAAUGCCUCACAUGCUGGCUCUUGGUAUUCUGGCUGUGAAAAAGAAUUGAAUUCACAUUUGGAUGGUUGGUUAUCAAGAGUUGAUGUAAAAGCACCUUCAACGAGAGCAUUAAUUGCACCCCAUGCUGGAUAUGCUUACUGUGGUGCGUGUGCUGCAUAUGCUUACAACCAAGUUGAUCCAACAAAUAUAAAGCGUGUGUUUAUUCUUGGACCUUCACAUCAUAAAUCUCUACCUGGUUGUGCUGUUACGCAAACACAUACUUACGAAACACCUUUAUAUGAUUUAAAAGUCGACUUAGAAGUUACGGAAGAGUUAUUAGCAACUGGUAAAUUCGACAAAAUGAGUAUUUCUGUAGAUGAAGAUGAACAUAGUAUUGAAAUGCACUUACCUUAUAUUGCAAAGGUGAUGCAGAGCAAAAGGAAUAAUUUUACAGUUGUUCCUGUACUUGUUGGCAGCACCACUCAUGAAAAAGAAGCAAUGUAUGGAAAAAUAUUUAGCAAAUACCUGCAAAACCCAGAGAAUUUAUUUGUCAUAUCGUCCGAUUUUUGUCAUUGGGGAAAGCGAUUCCGUUAUACUUAUUACGAUAAAUCGAAAGGCGCUAUACACAAGUCAAUCGAAGAUUUAGAUAAAACAGGUAUGAACAUAAUUGAACAGUUAGAUACAGCUGGCUUUUACAAAUACCUAGAUAGAUAUUCCAAUACAAUAUGCGGAAGACAUCCCAUUGGAAUCUUUUUAAAUGCUGUCAAUGAUAUGAAAUCUAGUGUUGCGUCUUUUAAAUUUCACAAUUAUGCUCAAAGCAGUCAAUGCAAGAAAAGUGAUGACAGUUCUGUUAGUUAUGCUGCUGGAACGUUGACGUUGUCAUGACGCCUGUUGAAGAAAUCUAUUUAUAAACUGAUGUAUUUAAAUGCUAUGAACUGACGAUUAAAAAAAAAACGAUUAUCCUUACA